AUGGUGAGAGUGAAGUCGCGACCUGGUGCUUUAUCAGAGCAGGAAAGAGAGGAUCGUAUACAUCGAGCACUGUCAAAGAGGGCGGAAUACAACACUCCUUGGUCAGUUCUCGCACUAGAAUUUGGUAUUGCCGCAUCUACAUUGAACGAUCGAUUCAAUGGCAGAAAAAAUAGACGGGAAGCACAUCAGGACCAGCAGAAGCUACCACCAAGCGUGGAAAGGGCACUUAAGAAAUGGUGCCAGGACAUGGACGAUGCAGGUUUUCCACCCAGGGUGGAUCUACUGCGGGGUAUGGCGACAGCUUUAGCGCAGAAGAUCGCGGAAGAGGAACAUCUUGGGCCCGAUGCAGCACAUAUUGGACGAAACUGGAUAACACGUUUCCUUGAUAGGCAUCCAGAUCUUUCAGCCAAAUACAGCACCCAACUGGAUCGUCAAAGGCAGCUAGCAAAUAAUCCCAUCACGUUAAGAGACUACUACAAUAAGCUAAACCGGCUUAUCCACACCCUAAUCUCUAAAGGGUUUCGCCCCAACCAGGAUACGUACAAUUUUGACGAGAAAGGGUUUAUACUUGGUUACUCAUCAAAAGCGAAAGUGAUCUGCCGGUCAGGGAAAAGAAAUCCAAACGUUGCCCAGGAUGGUUCCUGGGAGUUGAUCACAGUCAUUGAAGCGGUCUCUGUAGCAGGUUGUGUUCUUCCAGCUUGGGUAAUCUAUAAAGGGAAGAGUCAUUACAUAGGUUGGCACCAAUCGACAGAUGAUGCGGAAGCGGUCUUUUGUUUUAGCGACAAUGGUUGGACAAACAAUAAUAUGGGGUUGCGAUGGUUGAAAGAGCACUUCGACAUUCACUCCAAAAAGAUCAGUGGAGCCCGACCAUGCCUAUUGAUUUUAGAUGGUCAUGGUUCACACCUAACCUAUGAGUUUUGCUCUUAUGCCUCCUCUCAGAACAUUCAUAUCAUGUGUCUCCCUGCCCAUUCAACUCACCUACUUCAACCUCUAGAUGUAGGUCUAUUCGGCCCCCUUCAACAUUAUUAUGGUAAAGCAGCAGACACACACCUUCGAGAAAUCCGAACCGGUAUAAAUAAAAGCACUUUUUGGUCAUUCUUUGUCGAUGCUCGGAAAAAAACAUACACCAAAUCCUCAAUACAGGCGGCUUUCCGGACCACUGGUAUUUUCCCAUUCAACCCCGAUAAAGUAUUAACCAAACUCAAACCGAACCAAAAACCCGGUCCUGCAACUCCCUGGAAGUCCAAUCUCCAAAUUCUACAUCACCCAUGCCUUCAAACACCAAAGAACAGAUGUGACCUGCGCCAUCAAACUCAAUUUGCUUUAAAUCCCGGAAUCUAUUCUAAAACGGAGCAAUCUGGAUCAGUUCAAGUAUCAAAUAUCAACCAAGGGCCAGUACCGGGGCUCACUCAAAAUGAAUAUAAAGCAAUUAUCCUUCGAAUGUCACAUUUAGCAGAAGAGUCCCUCACUCAAGCGGAAAUUGCCAAAAUUCAACUCCGGGACAUUAGGGUCAAAUAUGAGGGAAAAAGGGCAGUAAAAACCGACAGAAGAGUGAUCUCUAAAGCGCAGGUGAUUACAGGGGCGGAGAUAAUGAGACUGAAGGCACUGUUAGAAAAGAAAGAGGCGGACAAGUUGAAGAAGGGAAAGCGCACAUCAAAAACAAAGACCGGAAAAACCAAAAGUGAAGGUCAGUCUCUUGUACCCUAA